AUGGCUCGCGUCCAAGUGUUUCCCGUCGUCUUGCUGCUCGUUAUGGUCGUCUCGCUGCUCAUUGCCACAAGUAAUCCUCCACUCUGUCCAUUGGGGAUCACUCGGGAGUAAUUUCAUUUAUCUAGGAUUUAGCAUAUUAGAAUAGUCGCUAGUAGCUGAACUAAAUUAAAUCUGUGCGUACAUUACACGGUUCUUCCUUGUUGUGAAUUGAUCAUUUAACAUAUAAUUAAUUCUCCUCAAAUAAAGCAUAAUGUUCAUAACAUUGCUAUCUGUGCCGAUGGGUUUCAUAAAUGUUCGUAUCAUGGCAUCAUACUAAUUUUUUCCGUGGACGUAGGUUCUGCCCGAGAGUUAUCCCAGAAUGUGGAAGCGGGCCACAGGCUCUGUAACCGGCCCAUAGGGUUCUGCUCUAUCUUUCAGAAUUGCUCAAUUACGUGCAGGAGGGCGGGUUACGUUCGAGGAGUGUGCCAGGGCAUUUUUCCCCGUCGAUGCAUCUGCUACAAGCGAUGCAAGCCGUAG